AUGAGGGGCCCAGUAGGCGUCCUCCUUUGCUCGCUGCUGCUCAUGCCCCCACACUGCACAGAGGUGGCUGCCCAGGACACCCAGCCUGACCCCAAAACAGCAUGUGCCAACUGGAUGGGAGGAGCACCUGGCUACCCUGGCCACAACGGGCUCCCUGGCCGAGACGGAAAAGAUGGAAAAGAUGGAGUAAAAGGAGACAAAGGAGAGGAAGGUAUGCAAGGUCCCAAAGGCGACCAAGGCGAAAUGGGAGUCCCAGGGCAAGAAGGGCCAAGAGGAUUUCCCGGAUACCCAGGGCAGAAGGGGGAGAAGGGCGAAGGUGCCUUCAUCUACCGCUCCGCCUUCAGCGUGGGGCUGACAGACCGAGCUCCCCACCCCAAUGUCCCUAUCCGCUUCAGCAAGAUCUUCUACAAUGAGCAGAGCCACUAUGACACCAGCACUGGCAAGUUCUUCUGCAGCAUCCCUGGCACAUACUACUUUGCCUACCACCUGACGGUCUACCUGUCAGAUGUCAAGGUCAGCCUCUAUAAGAAGGACAAGGCAGUGAUCUUCACCUACGACCAGUUCCAGAACAACAACGUUGAUCAAGCAAGCGGCUCUGUCCUGCUACACCUCAGCGCUGGGGACGAGGUGUGGCUUCAGGUAUAUGGCGAUGGGGACAACAAUGGCAUCUAUGCUGACAACAUCAAUGAUUCCACUUUCAUGGGCUUCCUCCUGUACCCAGACCUGAAUGACCAUUAA